GUGCGGGAGUCGUGGCCCGCGCUGGGCUUGGAGGCGGCGGGCUGAGGAGCGGGUGGGCACCGGGCCAGCCGGGCACCGGACCCUGCCAACUACCCUAGGCCGUGCGGCGGCGUUUCCGGCUGGUGGAGCAGCGCUCAGGCCCUAGCGCAGGAAGAUGUUCAACGUGGAGUCGUUGGAGCGGGUGGAGCUGUGCGAGAGCCUUCUCACUUGGAUCCAGACAUUUAAUGUGGAUACAUCAUGCCAGACUGUGGAAGAUUUAACGAAUGGGGUUGUGAUGGCCCAGGUUCUCCAAAAGAUAGAUCCUACAUAUUUUGAUGAAAAUUGGCUAAACCGAAUCAAAACUGAAGUGGGAGAUAAUUGGAGGCUGAAGAUUAGCAAUUUAAAGAAAAUUUUGAAAGGAAUCCUGGAUUACAAUCAUGAGAUUUUGGGACAGCAGAUUAAUGACUUUACGCUUCCUGACGUAAACCUUAUUGGAGAGCAUUCUGAUGCAGCAGAGCUUGGGAGGAUGCUUCAACUUAUUUUAGGCUGUGCUGUGAAUUGUGAACAAAAACAAGAGUACAUCCAAGCUAUUAUGAUGAUGGAAGAAUCAGUUCAACAUGUUGUCAUGACAGCCAUUCAAGAGCUAAUGAGUAAAGAGUCUCCUGUGUCUUCUGGAAAUGAUUCAUACGUUGACUUGGAUCAUCAGUUGAAGAAAACUACAGAGGAACUGAAUGAAGCUUUAUCAGCAAAGGAAGAAAUUGCUCAAAGAUGCCAUGAGUUGGAUAUGCAGGUUGCAGCAUUGCAAGAGGAAAAGAGUAGCUUAUUGGCAGAAAAUCAAAUACUAAUGGAAAGGCUUAAUCAGUCUGAUUCUAUUGAAGAUCCCAACAGUCCAGCAGGAAGAAGACAUUUGCAGCUCCAGACUCAAUUAGAACAACUACAAGAAGAAACAUUUAGACUAGAAGCAGCCAAAGAUGAUUAUCGAAUACGCUGUGAAGAGUUAGAAAAAGAGAUCUCUGAACUUCGGCAGCAGAAUGAUGAGCUAACUGCUUUAGCUGAUGAAGCCCAAUCUCUAAAGGAUGAAAUAGAUGUUCUGAGACAUUCUUCUGAUAAAGUAUCUAAACUAGAAGGUCAGGUGGAAUCUUAUAAAAAGAAGCUAGAAGAUCUUGGUGAUUUGAGACGUCAGGUUAAACUCUUAGAAGAGAAAAAUACUAUGUAUAUGCAGAACACUGUUAGUCUAGAGGAAGAGUUAAGAAAGGCCAAUGCAGCUCGAAGUCAACUUGAGACAUAUAAGAGACAGGUAGUAGAACUACAAAAUAGAUUAUCUGAAGAAUCAAAGAAAGCAGAUAAAUUAGAUUUUGAAUAUAAACGUCUGAAAGAAAAAGUUGACAGUCUUCAAAAAGAAAAGGAUAGGUUAAGAACAGAAAGGGACUCGCUUAAAGAAACCAUUGAAGAGCUUCGUUGUGUACAGGCUCAAGAAGGACAGCUCACAGCACAAGGGUUCAUGCCUUUGGGCAGUCAGGAAUCUUCAGACAGCUUGGCAGCAGAGAUUGUUACACCUGAAAUCAGGGAGAAACUUAUUCGUCUUCAACAUGAGAAUAAGAUGUUAAAAAUUAACCAAGAAGGUUCCGACAAUGAAAAAAUUGCCUUAUUGCAGAGCCUACUAGAUGAUGCAAAUCUACGCAAGAAUGAACUGGAGACAGAAAACAGGCUGGUGAAUCAAAGACUUUUAGAAGUACAGUCACAAGUUGAAGAACUACAGAAAUCUUUACAGGAUCAAGGCUCCAAAGCAGAAGAUUCAGUUCUUCUAAAAAAGAAGCUUGAAGAACAUCUAGAAAAGCUGCAUGAAGCCAAUAACGAGCUGCAGAAGAAAAGAGCCAUUAUUGAAGACCUUGAGCCCAGAUUUAACAACAGCUCCUUAAAAAUUGAAGAAUUACAAGAAGCUUUACGAAAGAAGGAAGAGGAGAUGAAGCAAAUGGAGGAACGUUAUAAAAAAUACUUAGAGAAAGCCAAAAGUGUUAUCCGUACUUUAGAUCCUAAACAAAAUCAAGGAGCAGCACCAGAAAUACAAGCUCUUAAAAAUCAACUCCAGGAACGGGACCGACUGUUCCAUUCAUUAGAGAAAGAAUAUGAGAAAACGAAGAGUCAAAGAGACAUGGAGGAGAAAUAUAUUGUUAGUGCCUGGUACAAUAUGGGAAUGACUCUGCAUAAAAAAGCAGCUGAAGAUAGACUAGCUAGCACUGGUUCAGGGCAGUCAUUUCUAGCUAGGCAAAGACAAGCAACCAGCACAAGAAGAUCUUAUCCAGGCCACGUUCAGCCAGCCACAGCAAGGUAGAGAAGUCUUGCCAGUAGAAGUAAACAACCUGCAUUGAAGCAUACUUCUGUUACAUAGAACAUUUCAGGAAACUCAGCCAGCUUAUUUUUUUGUUUCUCUUCUAUGUCCGUAUUUAGUGUUUUACAUUGAGCUCGCUCUCUCUCUCUCUUUCUCUCUCUCUCUCUCUCUCUCUCUCU